AUGGAAGGGGAAUGGGCAGCUAGUGUGGAAGAGCUCAAAGGGGAGCUGAAGGUGGAGCGAGAGCGGCGAAUUGAGCUCGAAACUCGGAUCGGCGAGUUGCUUCACAGGGAGGGGGCCGAGGCCGUCCUGGUAAAGCGAAUAGCUGGCGAGCUACAAGAAGAAUGGGAAAAGCGGGCCGUGCUGGAAGAGCGGGUGGAGGCGCUAAUGGCACAGGCGGCGCGUAAUCCCGGGUCAGCUCAGGCGGGCGGCGGGGACGGCGCGGAGACUCAGGCAGAGGCAUGCCAUGAGAGCAGGGAGGGACGCCUAGGGGCCGUUGAACAGCAGGCGAGAGCCGGCGGCAACACGGCGGUUCCACAACUCUACAGCGAUGUAGUGCGGCAGGCUUCGGGUGGGAAGGGACGAACGGCAGGGAGCACAUCGUCACGUGUCAGUGGCGCACGGCGGGUGGAGAACCAGCUAGCGCGAACUGGAGGACGACAAUCGCAGGCGGGAGGCAAACGUGUAGAGCGAAGGGUCCUAGUGGUGGCGGACUCCAACGUAGCUAGGGUUGAGGAGGGCGUCCUUACAACAGUGAAGGCAGACGGGCGGGUGACGGUGGAGGCCCAGUCAGGGAAGUGCACGGUUGAUGCAAUGGCAAAAGCUCAGAAGGCGGUAUGGAACAACAUGGAGCAUGAACUUCUGGUCAUUAUCCAUGCUGCUCUCAACGAUGUGCUGAAAGGAAGGAGCCAGAACCUAAACGGACAUUUAGAGGUUGGGUUGCGUAAACUCAGAGAAACCUCUGCAAAUGUGCAUGUGACCAUAUGCACAAUCCCACAUGUCCGGGGCCAGGCUAGCGGGAUGGAAUGGAGGGUGCUUGAGGCUAACCGGGUCAUUAGGGGUCUGAGCAGACCACUUGGGUACGGCAUAAUGGAGGUAAACCGGGAAGUGUACGAGUCUGGCUCCCACCCUUUUGCACAGGAUGGCAUUCACUACAGUGGUACCACGGGCGGGAGCGUAGGUAGUAGGAUAGGGCGCCAAGCUACGGCUUUUUUGGGGUGA